CCAUAGACAUAAUAAAGGAUAGACCCCGCUGGGGGUGCUGCGCGGCGAGAAAUGCGGCCGCCAUCUUGGUCAGGUCAAGCUUCCCAUACGCUCCGGUCAAUCAUAUUCAUUCAUCAGUCAUUCAGCGAUGCCGGAGCACUGUGCGGCGUAUUCCUGUGCCACCAGGCGGACAGCAGAGAGCAGGGCUAGAGGAAUAACUUUUCACAGGUAGGAUUAAACAUUUUUUUCAACAUUACACUUGACUGUAGAGUCAUUUGUAGGCCAUAGAGGAAGACUAUCGGUCAACUUCAAAAACGAAACAGCAUUUGCUAACAGUUAGCUUAUUCACCAUAAUAGCAACUUUGCUCCAUUAUCAACAGAUUUGCAUUAGAUUGAAAAACUUUUGUUUGAGAGAGGUUCUAAGAAACGUUAAGAAAUAAAAUAGAAAGAAGAAGGAAGAAAGUGAGCUCUGUUAUCUGUUUUAUUAAAGAUUUCUUUGUGGUGAUCUCCUGUUUCAUUUUGAAGAUUUCCUAAGGACAAAAAUUUGAGGAAGAAGUGGGAGAUUGCUGUAAGGAGGGAGAAAUUCACAGCAAGGGAUUCCUCUGUGCUCUGCAGCCAACAUUUUAAGGAGGCAGACUUUGACAGGACGGGACAGGUUGUCCGCAUCCGAGAUGGCGUUAUUCCGUCCGUCUUCAAGUUUCCAGGUCACCUCCAAAGAGUAGGUGCAUCACAAUAAAGUUGUUUUAUUCUAUUGAUUACAUGGCAUGAAUUACUUAUUGUGAUUCCCUCUCUAUCUAUCUAUCUAUCUAUCUAUCUAUCUAUCUAUCUAUCUAUCUAUCUAUCUAUCUAUCUAUCUACCUACCUACCUACCUAUGUCUUUCUGUCUUGUCUUUAUUUUUAUUUUUUUAUUUCAUUUCAGGCAUGUUGGGUGGUUUAUAAAACACCCAGGGUAUCAGACAAUUUUAUUUCAUUAUCUAGUUUGUUCCAAAGCCUCACCCCGUUGAAAGAGAUAGUGAAGGACUUAAUGGUGGUUCUUGCCACUUUUCCUCUUCAUUUUAGCCAGAAAAAAGCAGGAACACAUCUGCCUCCAGAAAAUCUGAGGCGAGCCUGUCUGAGACUCCUCAGGAUAACUCAGUGGCCUCAACCUCACAUUCUGAAUCUCAGCCUGAAGAUGUGAGUAUUUCAAUUUUACCCAUAAGCAUGUCAUGAUGGUUUUAGAGACUGGUAGCGGAUUUGACAACUGAUGACUUUUAGAAAUAAUGCGAGCCCAUCUGUGUGAUACAGCUAGUAAAACAUAACUCAAACAAUGCUCAUCUCUCCUUUUCCUAGGAUCACAGCUAUGUAAUGCCUUCCUCCCCAACCGCUUUAAAGGCCAGACUCACCGGAGCUUUGGAAAGAGUCGAUAAAUUGGAGCGAGAAAAAAAGAAUGCCAAGGCACGUGAAAAGAGGGCGAAGACAACCGUGAAGAGUCUUCUAUCACAAUUAUGUGAAAAGAAUCUCAUUAAUGAAGAGCUCAAGGACAGACUUGAGCAAAUUGUUAUGUAGUUUAGGUGCUGUCCUGUCAUGCUGUUCUUGUGUUUAAAUUUUUUUGAUAUGUAGGCUAUAUAUUUGUGUGUAUUUCUUUGUGUGUAUUUUCCUGUUAUUAAAAUAGUGCUUCUAUAUGACAUUAUUUGUGUGUGUCUACAAAUGGAUAAAUAAAAUUAAACUAAAUAAAAUAUAAUCAAAUCAA